AUGACAAUACCUACUGAUUUUCGUUUUACCGGAUCCCUUCUCAUUCUCUCCGUUGUGUUGCAAAUUCCUAAUAUCGCAACAAUAACAAACCCAGUUUUUGGCAAUGAUGAAAAUUCAAUGGAGCACGGCGUUCAUUAUGGUCGAACGAAUUUUUCAUGCUUCAAUGGUGGCUCAUUGAUUAAUGGCAGAUGCCAUUGUCAAGAACGAUUUGAAGGUGAAGCAUGCGAAAUUGAACCAUGCUUACACGGUGGCAGAAAAUCGAAGGCCGGCAAAUGCCAUUGUCCGUAUGGUUUAACCGGUGAAAGAUGUGAAAUGGUAACACAAUGUAUCGAGGGCAAGGGAAAACUGGAAAAUGGUCGGUGUAAAUGCGAAGACCGAUGGACCGGAAUAUUCUGUCAGUCUCGAAUGUGUCAUAAUGGAAUUUCUGUUGGAUCAGGAGAGCAGAUAGGUGGCUUUUGUCUUUGUGACAUUGGUUUUACUGGUCCAUUUUGUGAAACACCAAUCGAAUGCAAUCACGGUAGUAUUACGGUCGAGAAUCUCUGUUCAUGUGCACCGAACUGGGUUGGUGAAGACUGCAAUCAGUGUGCUUACGAAUAUCAAUUAAUCGAUGGUGACUGUAAAUUAAUCACUACAGAAAAUUCUCUGAUUGCCGUACGGAAUUCAAAAGCGGUCACAUUAUGGUCCCUUAUUUUGGUAAUUGCGGCGGCAUCCUUUUCUACAGUACUUAUUGCUGCAGUAAUUAUAAUUUACAUCAAGAAAUGCAAACGUAAACCAAGUAGGGUUGGUUCAGAUGCCGGAACUGAUGUUUAG